UGGGCGCUGCUGUGCCUCGGGCUCCUGCUCCCGGGGGGCAGCGCCGCGUGGAGCGUCGGGGGAGCCCCGUUCUCCGGACGCAGGAACUGGUGUUCGUACGUGGUGACCCGCACCGUCUCAUGCCACGUGCAGAAUGGCACCUACCUUCAGCGAGUGCUGCAGAAUUGCCCCUGGCCCAUGAGCUGCCCAGGGAACAGCUACAGAACUGUGGUGAAACCCACGUACAAGGUGAUGUACAAGACGGUGACCACCCGCGAGUGGAGGUGCUGCCCCGGGCACUCGGGGCCGAGCUGUGAGGAAGCUGCAGGCUCUUCUGGCCGCGUGGAGCCCGGGUGGUCAGGCAACACCAUGCAACGAAUGGCACUUCGGCCCACGGCCUUCUCAGGUUGUCUCAACUGCAGCAAAGUGUUGGAACUGACUGAGCGGCUGAAGGUGCUGGAGGCCAAGGUGGCUAUGCUAACUGUCAUGGAGAAGACAGUCCCUCAAGCCCCAACUGUCCCCAAAGACACGACCCCACUCUGGGGCUCCCCAGCUGCCCAGGGCAGUCCAGGGGAUGGAGGUGUCCAAGGGCCACUGGGAGCCAGAGAGAGUGUGAGGGCCCCACUACUCCCACGAGAAGAUCGAGUGGGUGCUCGGGGGAUGCCUGGGCCCACUGGCCCCAAGGGAGACACCAGCAGCCCAGGCCCAACAGGGAUGAGAGGCCUGCCAGGUCCACAGGGCCCCCCAGGAAGCCCUGGCCAGGAUGGAGCUGUAGGCAGCCCUGGAGAGAGGGGCCCUCCAGGACCCCCUGGGCCUCCUGGCCCUCCUGGCCCCCCAACCCCUAUUGGACCACCCCACGCCCGGAUCUCUGAGCAUGGGGACCCAUUACUAUCCAACACCUUCACUGAGACCAGCAGCCACUGGCCCCAAGGACCCACUGGGCCCCCAGGCCCCCCAGGCCCCAUGGGUCCUCCUGGGCCUCCUGGUCCCAUGGGCCUCCCUGGGAGUCCUGGACACAUGGGACCCCCAGGCCCCACUGGCCCUGAAGGAAUUUCCGGCCGCCUAGGAGAGAAAGGCGAGCGGGGACUGCGUGGGGAGCCUGGUCCCCGAGGCUCCGCUGGGCAGCGGGGAGAACCUGGCCCCAAAGGAGAUCCUGGUGAGAAGAGCCACUGGGCUCCUAGCUUACAGAGCUUCCUGCAGCAGCAGGCUCAGCUGGAGCUCCUGGCCAGACGGGUCACCCUGCUGGAAGCCAUCAUCUGGCCAGAACCAGAGCUGGGGUCUGGGGCAGGACCUGCUGGCGCAGCCAUCCCCAGCCUCCUGCGGGGCAAGAGGGGAGGACAUGUGACCAACUACCGGAUCGUGGCCCCCAGGAGCCGGAACGAGAGAGGCUGA